AUGUCUUUUCAGCGCCGCCGAGCCCCGAUUCAGGUGUCCACAACCGCCCUACCAUCCACUCCUUCCUCGAAGCUGGUUACAUCUCGACCAAAUCUGCCCUCCGGUGUUCGUCCAUCUGCCCUUAAUGGCACUCUAACGACCUCCACCGGCUGCCCCUCCCUCGAUGCAGUCCUUAAUGGCCUUGGUGGCCUUCCCCUCGGCUCCUCCCUCCUCGUACUCGAAUCCGGUACCACAGACUUCUCGGGCUCCUUGGCGCGCAAUUUCGCCGCCGAGGGCGUGUUACAGGGACAUGGUGUUUGCUCUGUCGGUGUUGGUGAGGGGUGGGUCGGCGAGUUACCAGGGGAAGUCGGAGCAGAUACGAGAGAGAAGAAGGAAAUGAAGGAGAGGAUGCAGAUUGCGUGGAGAUACAACAAUCUGGGUGAGUUUGGAACUGGGAUUAAAGAACGGGAACGGGUGCGGACGACGACUGCGGAGGAUGGCGUUGCGGCGGUAGAAGAGGUGUAUUGUCACUCGUACGAUCUCACUAAACGGCUCUCGGUCCCGCCUUCCGCCGUGGGGAACAUCACUCACACCGCACCCUCGACAACGCCGAAAACAAACCCUUACACACCCAUCAUCGCACACAUCGCUAAACUGCUCUCCUCACCCACACCCACCCUCCACCGAGUCGUCAUCCCGAAUCUUCUCAAUCCGACACGAUACCCACCGAAUGCUGCACGGUCAGAGUGGCUUCUGCGAUUCUUCCAUUCGCUGCGAGUACUGCUGCGAACCUACCCCUCCCGUCUUGUCGUCCUCCUAACCCUCCCCCUCGACCUGUACCCCCGCUCAACCGGCCUCAUCCGAUACAUCGAACACUACGUCGACGCCGUCCUCGAACUCGCACCAUUCCCGAAACCCCUCCCAACCUCCCCCGCAAACCCAGACGUUCCGCAAGGAUUGGUGAGGGUACACAAAGCCCCCGCACAAGGCGCUGGAGGAGUUGGUGUGGGAGGGGAUGGAGGUGAUUUGGCGUUUAGGGUUACGAGGAAGAACUUUUAUAUUGAGGCGUUUAGUUUGCCGGUUAUGGUUGAGGAGGAGAAGAGUGAGGAGCAGAAGGCGAGGAAGAAGGAUAUCGAUUUUUGAUCGGAGAUGCGUAUGAAUGGGGAAGAUGCAGUGGAGUAGUGGAAGGGACG